AUGGUGCCACGCAGCGGCCCAGGCUGCGCCUUGGUGCUCCUCUGCGCGGGCUUCCUGCUGCUGCGGUUUGAUUUUAUCAGCUGUGAUGGCCUAAUCGUAUAUGGGGCUUUGAACGAGAAUGAGUCACAGAUGGAUUCGGUGGAAAAGACGACAAAUAGAAGUGAACCAAAAUCAAGAAAGUUUUUAAAAAGUCUCAUCCGAAAUAGCCCCAAACUGCUGGUCAUUGGGACUGGUGUCAGCGCAGCAGUGGCCCCAGGAAUCCCUGCCCUUUGCUCGUGGAGAAGCUGCAUCGAGGCUGCCAUCAAGGCCGUGGAGCAGCUGGAGGUGCUCCACCCAGGGGACCUCGCGGAGUUCCGGAGGAAAGUGACAAAGGACCGGGAUCUGCUGGUUGUUGCCCAUGACCUGAUCCGGAAGAUGUCACCUCGCACGGGCGACACCAAACCCAGCUUCUUCCAGGACUGCCUGAUGGAGGUGUUUGGCAGCCUGGAGCAGCACAUCCAGAACCCCCUGGUGCUGCAGUCCAUCCUCGGCCUGAUGGAGAGGGGCACCAUGGUGCUGACCACCAACUACGAUAACCUGCUGGAGAUCUUUGGCCUGCAGCAGAACAAGCCCAUGGAGUCUCUGGACCUGAAGGACAAGACUAAGGUCCUUCAGUGGGCGAGAGGCCACAUCACAUAUGGAGUCCUUCACAUUCAUGACCCCUGUGGGAUGGUGUUGGACCCAUCAGGAUAUAAAGAUGUCACUCAGGAUCUGGAAGUCAUGGAAGUGCCCCAGAACUUGUACCGCACCAAAUCUUUACUGUUCGUGGGCUGUGGAGAGACGCUCCGGGACCAGAUAUUCCAGGCUCUCUUCCUUUACUCUGUGCCAAAUAAGGUGGAUUUGGAGCACUACAUGGUGGUGCUCAAGGAGGAUGAAGACCAUUUCUUUAAGCAUCAGGCAGAUAUGCUUUUGCAUGGAAUCAAAGUAGUAUCCUACGGGGACUGUUUUGACUAUUUUCCUGGAUAUUUGCAAGACCUUGCCACUCAGAUCUGCAAACAGCGAAGUCCAGAUGCUGACCGCUUUUUAAUAAGUUUUCAUCUUUCAGGUAAUACAUGUCAGGACUGUGCAAAGAGGAAGGUAGAAGAGAAUGGAAUUGAAGUGUCAAAGAAACUCAGACAAUCGGAUACUGAUCGGUACCUGGGGCUUCCUCGUGAGGCCCCUGCAGACCCCAGCUGUGAGGGUCACUCUCAGGGGCUGUGUGGUCCUUGUGCUCAUUGA